AGCCAAGACCAUAACUGAGGAGAAGAAAGAGGUGGUUUCAAAAUGGAGAGCGGCGAAGGCGGUUCGGUUUCCAACGUGGAUGUUUGUAACCUGGCCUAUUUGGGGCGCUUCGAGGAGCUGAAGCAGCGCCUGGACGGAAGCCGGAGCUUGGCCACGAGAGCGGAUCAGGACAACAGGACAGCCCUGCACUGGGCCUGCUCCGCUGGACAUUCGGACAUCGUCGACUUCUUGCUAAGCCUGGGAGUCCCUGUGAACGACAAGGACGACGCCGGCUGGAGUCCUCUGCAUAUCGCUGCUUCGGCCGGUCGGGAUCAGAUUGUGAAAGCCCUUCUGAAGAAAGGGGCUCAGGUGAAUGCUGUCAACCAAAAUGGCUGCACCCCUUUGCAUUAUGCAGCUUCCAAAAAUAAACAGGAAAUUGCAGUGAUGCUGCUAGAGAACAAAGCUAAUCCGGAUGCAAAGGAUCACUUGGACUCUACUCCGCUGCACAGAGCAGCAUCCAAAGGAAACCUAAAAAUGAUACAGAUCCUUUUGAAGUACAAAGCAUCUGCCAAUCUCCAGGACUCAGAAGGAAACACAGCCCUCCAUUUAGCCUGUGAUGAAGAAAGAGUGGAUGAAGCUAAACUUCUGGUGUCUCACGGUGCAAGCAUAUAUAUCGAGAACAAGGAGGAAAAGACUCCACUGCAAGUUGCAAAAGGUGGCUUGGGAUCCAUACUGAGGAGGCUAGUUGAAGGUUAGCCAUCUCAGCCAACUUGGAUUCAACACCUGAGAAGCAAGCUAAAGAUUAUUCACUGGCUGUAUUUGGAUUAACUGUCACAACUUGAAUUUUUCUUGCUCAUUAUCUACUAUAUUUCCUAUGACUUCAGUGGACAAACCUUUUUUAAAAAAAUUAUAAUUGUACAUGUACAUGACACUUCUUAAAGUAUAUUUGUGCUUUUGGCGGCUUGGGCUUACAGCCCUGCUUUUCCCAUAGAAGAUAACCCUUGGCAACCAUCUUCCCAUUUUGAUGCUAUUAAUCUUCCUCCGUAGAACAUCUCUGUCUUAAAAUCGUGUGGUCCUCUAGAUAUUAUGGGACUCCAACUCCCAACAUUACUGACUGUUGGCCAUACUGACUAGGGCUACUGGGAGAUGCAGUCUGGAAGAUUGCAUGAUGCCAACUCCUGAUGAAAAGAGCAGGCAAUAAAUGAUAGUUAUCUACUGCCUGCUUUUAAAAGAAGGGUUAUCAUGGUUGCAUUAAGUGAAACCAAAGUCAUCAUGGGUGGACAGUGUUCACUAAAGGCACAGCAAGUGGAGGGUCUCUCUGUGGUCUUCAACUAAAGGCUGUGGAGUAACUUGUUAUAAAACAUCCUUGCAACAAUCACUUGUUUCUGCCCUAUGCUUUAUAUAGAAGAUUAGCAGGGACUGAGAAUUGGGAGAAGACAGUGAAGCUUAACUCAUCUAAAGCAAUUACAGGUCCAGUAUUGUUAGUAAGGUUGCUAGAAGUAGUAAUUUUACCUUAAGGUUUAAGACUUGCCAUGAGCUUUUGUAGGCAACUGUCAACUUCAGUGGGCAGUCUACUAUUCACUCUUUGCCUGGUAUUUGGGUGAAGGAGCCUAGGGUUUGUGCAGUAAGAAAGACAAUAUGAAUUUCAGUUGUUAGGAUCCACUGUUACCAAAAUUUGGUUUUGUUCUUCUCCACUGCCUUCCAGUCUCUCCGUCUCAGUGGUUUUGAGCUGUGUGGGUUAAUGCGACCGGCUUUGUACAACCAGCGUGGUUUGUUGAGUCCUAAGCUACUUAGAAUAAAGCAUGCUUUGCUCCUUAAA